AUGACACAGGACCAUCAGGACACCUGUGCUCUUCUGGAGCAGCAGCUGGCGACCAGAUUAAGAUGCUUGGUAAAGCAGCUGGAGAAGGGUGACAUCAAUGUGGUGGAUUUAAAAAAGAAUAUUGAAUAUGCAGCAUCUGUGCUGGAGGCAGUUUAUAUUGAUGAAACCAGGAAACUUUUGGACACUGAGGAUGAGCUCUCUGACAUCCAGUCGGAUUCAGUCCCGCUGGAAGUGCGGGACUGGUUAGCUUCUACAUUCACCAGAGAAAUGGGAAUAGUGAAGAGAAGACCAGAAGAAAAGCCCAAAUUCCGAAGCAUUGUACAUGCUGUCCAGGCUGGGAUUUUUGUGGAAAGGAUGUACCGAAGAACUUCAAGCAUGGUUGGUUUGGCUUACCCAGCAGAAGUGAUAGUCACAUUUAAGGAUGUUGAUAAAUGGUCUUUUGAUGUAUUUGCCCUAAAUGAAGCAAGUGGAGAGCACAGUCUGAAGUUCAUGAUGUAUGAGCUGUUUACCCGAUAUGAGCUUUUGAACCGUUUCAAGAUCCCUGUUCCCAAUCUUAUUUCAUUUGCUGAAGCUCUUGAAGUUGGCUACAGCAAGUACAAAAAUCCGUAUCACAAUCUGAUCCAUGCAGCUGAUGUUACUCAAACUGUGCAUUACAUAAUGAUUCACACUGGUAUCAUGCACUGGCUCACAGAACUGGAAAUUUUAGCAAUGAUCUUUGCAGCUGCUGUCCAUGAUUAUGAACAUACUGGGACCACAAACAAUUUUCAUAUUCAGACAAGGUCAGAUGUUGCUAUAUUGUACAAUGAUCGUUCUGUUCUUGAAAAUCAUCAUGUAAGUGCUGCAUAUAGACUCAUGCAAGAAGAAGAAAUGAACAUCCUGGCUAAUUUAAACAAAGAUGACUGGAGGUAA